AUGGAUCGAUCAAAUGAUAUUCGAGGCCUUGAACGAAGAAAGGUGAGUGAUAAAAGGCACAAAGAUACUCUCCUGAAUCUCCAAAUCACCCUUGGUCUGGCUCUGGUUCUCAUGGCCGACCAGGAUCCUCAAUCCGCUAGUAACUUGAUCGGGAUGGCUGUGAAGAUGAUUUACGGACUGAAGCUUCAUUUACCAUCGAACAGAACUGUUCACUAUCAUACGCGUCACCACCAUGAACGAAUCUUUUGGAUUGCUUAUAUCAUUGAUCGUGAUUUAUCAUUGAUCACAUCUGAGCCGUAUCUCUUACGAGACGACGAAAUCGGUUUGAAUAUCAAAGAUAUCAUGUGUAGCGAAGGAACUGGAAAUGUCCGAAAUGAUUAUUAUGACACAAUCGAGAUAUUGGAGCCAAGGGCGGAGCUAGCCCAGAUUCAGGGCAAACUGUACGACCUCGUGCGCUCCCUUAAAGCUUCGAAAUUCUCCUUAACCCAAAAACGAUCGGUCGAAGAGCGGCUCUACCGGAUGCUUCGAGAGUGGCAUAAGCAUUUAUAUGAGCCUCGGAUUGACAAAAAUAUGUACCCGGGUAAACCAGAAGAACUUGAGUCAAGAUCUCAUCGGUUGCAUGAAGCCUUGUUGCACCUUGCGUACUACCGCUGCCUUUACUCUGUCGCGAACCUUAGUGUCAGCAAUAGAGAUUGGAUGCAAAAGCUGAACGACUUCAGCGAUAGGUACAAUGAUGGGGAAGACACAAGCGCCUUGACUUCGACCACGCCAUUGUUGCCAUGGAAUUGGCGCCAUUUAGCCGACUCAGCUCGAUGGUGCGAAAACGUUGUGCUGGAUCCGAUACAACUUGGUGAUCAAGUCCUGAAUUGUUACGUCACUAUCCAACUUCAAAUGGCCUCUCCAAUGCUGAGGGACGCUAUACAACAUUAUGGAAAGUUCCUGCAUGGAAUCAAAGACCCUCAGGUGCUUGUACAUUACAACAUGUGCAAAGAGCUCGUUUCGAAAGCUGGUCAGACGGCCGUCCACCUGAUCAAGUCUGUCUUCAACAAUACGCUCCGGGCACUGGAAUACCACCUCACGUCGACACCCAUGGCCCAUUUGAUCAACUUUACUCUUUGUCUCUUGGAUCAGCACUCAUGA